GUUGUUGGAAAAGCGGCAGGAAAAUGGUGAAACGAUCGAACUGUCAGCUGAUGGCCGACCUGAGCUGAUAGAGGAGAAAGAGCUUCCUGUGGUAGACUGCACGUGCUUCGGCCUUCCGCGACGGUACAUCAUCGCCAUUCUCUCUGGCCUGGGCUUCUGCAUCUCCUUUGGGAUCCGAUGCAACCUGGGUGUGGCUAUUGUCAGCAUGGUCAACAACCACACCGUCUACAAGGGCGACAAGAAGAUGCUGGUGGCAGCCCAGUUUUCCUGGGACCCAGAGACCGUAGGUAUGAUACACGGCUCGUUUUUCUGGGGCUACAUCGUCACUCAGAUACCCGGAGGCUUUAUAUGUCAGAAAUUUGCUGCCAACAGAGUGUUUGGCUUUGCUAUAGUAGCUACCUCUACACUAAACAUGUUCAUCCCUUCAGCUGCAAGAAUGCACUUUGGCUGUGUAAUAAUAAUUAGGGUAUUACAGGGUCUUGUGGAGGGAGUGUCAUAUCCAGCUUGCCACGGGAUCUGGGCGAAAUGGGCACCGCCCCUAGAAAGGAGCCGAUUGGCCACGACAGCCUUCUGCGGUUCUUACGCCGGCGCAGUAAUAGCGAUGCCAUUAGCAGGUAUUCUCGUCCAGUACUCUGGAUGGUCUUCCGUCUUCUAUGUAUAUG